AAGUUUUGUUCCUCCGGUGCGAUGCAUUGUGGGUAGGUCAGGAAGAGCCAGUGGAGGACGCCAUGUGCUUCUGCUAGAGGAGGUCCGACAGUCCGUCUCGCGCUGAGAGAGUUGUGUUUUGUGAACUGGCCUGUCGUUUUGUAGCGGUCACUGAACGGUAGUCGUGCUGUCGGGGUCAUGAUGUACUGCAGCAGAUACUGCGUCCGGAUCGCGCUGCGCACCGCGGCAAACACACACCGACAAAACUUACAGAGGGCAACACUGUGUGCCCUGCGAACACUCAAGACCAGCCCUGUCAGUCCGUCUGAUGCCAUUGCAGCACCUCCUCUUGAUGGGAUGCCCAAGCAGUACUCUCCCAAAAUCCAACAGCUGGUCAAUGACAUCGCCAACCUCACGCUCAUAGAAGUGUCUGACCUCAAUGAAUUACUAAAGAAAACUCUGAACAUUCAGGAUGUUGGAAUGAUGCCCAUGGGCUCAAUGGCAGCGAUGGCUGCUGCUCCUGCUGCUGAGGCAGCAGAGGAGGAGGCGGCACCUGCAAAGAAAGAGAAAACCCACUUUACAGUCAAACUGACAGAAUUCAAAGCGGCCGACAAAGUGAAACUGAUUAAAGAAGUGAAGAAUUGCAUGGAGGGUCUGAAUCUUGUACAGGCCAAGAAGCUUGUAGAGUCUCUGCCUCAGGAGAUCCGGGUGAAUGUAUUUAAAGAUGAAGCUGAAAAACUGAAAGCAGCACUAGAAACAGCAGGAGGCACUGUGGUGCUGGAGUGAAUGUCUGCGCUGGCUCUUCACUUGUUACCUGUCAGUCACUGUUCUGUUCUUUUUUACAAAAAAAGAGAAAAGGAAUUUGAAGAAAACAUAAUGCCUUUUUAAAAUAACCACUUGGUCUACAGGAGGUGGUCUGGGUGUUGAACUUACAGACUGAACUCUAACAGACAGCAAACACACCACCCACCACCUAUCACUGACUCCUCCAUCUGUCCUCUAGCCACACAUGUGCUGUCCUGGGCAGAGGACAGAGCUGGUCUGUCUCUUUAAUACUGGGGCUGUCCUGACAGAGGGAUGUGAUGCUAUAUGUUGUGGUUAAAUAAACAUGUUAGACUGUACUGUGUUUUGUAAUGCAUCAUCAUGAUUAUACAGCAAUAAUCAAUACAUCAUUAAAGACCGUUUUUCCCAGAA